AUGCAUCAGUUGCAUACCCAGAGAAUUGCUGGUCACUUAGGUAGAGACAAAACUCUUAAGGCAGUGAAAUUUAGGUUUUUCUGGCCAGGCAUGUCUACCGAUGUAAUGAACUGGUGUAGGGAAUGCUGGGAUUGUGCUAAAGGUAAACCCGGACCAGGAGCUGGAAAAGCCCCUCUCCAACAGUCAAAAGUUGGGGCUCCUUUUGAUCGUAUUGGAAUAGAUAUUGUAGGACAUUGUCCAAUUACUGCCAAAAAUAAUGAAUACAUUAUAGUGAUACAAGAUUAUUUUACAAAAUGGGUCGAAGCUUUCGCCGUUCCCAAUCACACGGCUCAAACGGUUGCCGAUAAAUUAGUAACUGAGUUAUUCUGUAGGUUUGGUAUUCCCAAACAAAUUCAUUCAGAUCAGGGUAGAGAAUUCUGUUCAGAGUUAAUGGCCGAAGUAUGUAAAUUACUCGAAAUCGAUAAAACCAGAACCACUCCUUAUAGGCCUCAAAGUGAUGGUUUAGUAGAACGACAAAACCGAUCAUUAAAAAAAAUGCUCUCCAAUUUUGUGAACGAAAAUAGAAACGAUUGGGAUGAUAAUUUGCCGUUUUUACUCAUGGCUUAUAGAAACUCAAAUCAUGAUAGUACUGGUUUAUCACCCCAUAAAAUGAUGAUGGGAAGGGAAAUGACAUACCCCAUUGAUAUUUUAGCUGGUAGCCCUCCUAAUACUCCAAAGAGUAGUUGUCCUAUUGAGUAUGUACAGUGGUUGAAACAUGUACUUGAUAAAUCACAUUGUUUUGCAAGGAUGAGUCUUGAUAAGGCAGCUCAGCGCCAAAAACAGAAUUAUGAUAGGGGAGUUAAAGCACGAUCUUUUGAGACAAAUGAUUUUGUUUGGAGGUGGAGUCCUUCUGUGGCCGGCGUUAAAUUUGGUAGAGGUUGGAUAGGUCCUUUUGUAGUUUUAGAAAAACUAUCAGAUGUUCUCUAUCGUAUUCAAAAGUUACCUCAGACAAAACCCAUAGUUGUACAUGUUGAUCAUUUGAAAUUGUAUUAUGGAGAAACCCCUCUAGCAUGGCAGAUUGACGAUGUUUCUGAUGAUGAAAUAUCUCAUGUUUCACAUAAUGAAGAUGUUGAAAUGUUUGAAACUGAUGUACAUAAUGAUAGUAAUGAUAUAGAUGUAAAUAUAGAAUCUGAUAUAAAUGAUAAUGAAAAUGAUAGGGGAGAAAUUUUGAAAACUCCGCCACGUAGAACACGCUGUGGACGUCCUGUUAAUAGGCCAUUAAAGUAUUCACCCGAUUAA